CAUGUUCGUGGCUGGUCUCUAACAUUGAUCACUUGUACCAGCUGUGUUAAAUGGACCUAAACAGAAAGAAAAAGCUGGAGUGACUUUAAAUAAUUAUUGUGGCCUUUUGGGAACACAGCUGACAGUGACGUAACACGAAUGAGCGCUAAACUACAAUUAUAAUGGACAAACAGAAGGCCAAAAUCCUAUUUGACCUUCUGAGGUCAUCUUCGAACGAUAAGGUCAUCAGAGGUUUACGAGAAAUCAAGAAGAGAUUAUUGACGAACAACGAGAAUAUAGCAGUCUUUCGGAGUUUGGGGUUAGUUCCUCAGACGCUGAAACUGGUGCAACGACCCAAUGAAGAUAUUCUCAAUGGAGCUCUGAGUAUACUGAGUGGCUGCUGUACCAGUGAAGGGAGCCGGAGUGAGGUAUUUAACAUUGGUGGUGUACCUCACCUGCUGAAUGUGCUUAAAUGUGCCAAAUCAGAAGCUCUACAGCUGCGUGCCUGUAGGACCAUGGCCAACCAGGCGCUGCACCGACCCAGCUGUGAAAUUUUCUUCAAACUUAAAGCUGUAGACCAUAUACUUGAGUUACUUUUAAACUGUAAAGAAGAUGACACCAAGUUGGCAGCCAUCAGAGCUUUAAGAUUGUUGGCCAGCAGUGGAGAACAUUGCCAGAAGAUUGUGAUGAAUAAAGGCAUCCUACACAUCUGUAAAGUGGGCUUUGGUUCUCCAGCUUGUCCGUCGAGUCCCGAGCUUGUGCAGUCUACCAUAAAAGCCAUCGCGCAUUUUUCACGAGUGUCUCACCCAGCAUGUGUGAGUCAGAUAAUGGAAGGAACUAAUAACAUGAUGUGUGUAACAAAAAUGUCAGGGAGCACGGACCUGGAAAUCUACGAGUGUGUGUUACGAAUAAUUUUAAAUAUAAUACACACAUGCUUUGAGUCGACCACACAUAGACGCGAUGCCUUGGAUGCCAAAGUAAUUGAUCAUCUCUGUACUGCUCUGGCUCCCACAAUCAUUGUAUCAGAACUCCAGAAUAGACGGGUGACAGGUAUUGAAGAAGAGAAGCUGAUUCUAGCUCUGUGCAAGUUUUGUAAAGGAUCCAGUGAAUGUAAUAACUUGGCAUUUGGGUCAUUUUCUGAACCUCCAACGUUUCUGGGACGGGCAUGGACGCAGCUGAUGGAGUGCGGGGGGGUGGCACUGCUCGUCUCUCUCUUGACCACACAUCGCAAUCACGUCAAGCUCAGACCAGCCAUCUUAAAGGCUAUACUUGGAGUAGAGAAUAUAUACUCAUUUAAAGAUACAAUUCUGAAGUACUUUCUCGCUGCCAAACUUCUUCCACAACUGGCCGAGCAGUUUGAUGAAUUAAUGGCCGAGUAUAGGAAGCUGCGCCAGGACAUCCAGCCUGGCUGCUGUAUUCAUACCAUCAGGAGUGAAUCUCUAGAUAAACAGAAUGAAUUACAAGAAAGAGACGAAUCAGAAGAAAUGGAAACUAGUGAUGAUAAAGAGAUGAAAUUUAAUAUAGAAGAGAAAGAAAAUCCAAGCAUAAAAGAGGAUGAGAAAGAUAGUUGUGUUUCAAGUGUAAGUGAAUGUCAGGUUAAACCCAGUAGCACAAGCACUGCAGAAGUGCCUUCUUGCUCAAAAUUAGCUGUUGCAAAAAAUGUUUCAAGAAGUGCAUCUCAGACUUCUCAGAUGAUAACACCAAAGGUAAAUGAUACACAGUUCAGCUUUCCCAGCACUGAGGAAGGAAUAUUAGGUCAAAAUUUUAAAUCUAAGAUGGACAGCUUCCAACAAAAGUCACUGACUCUUCAUUCAUUUGUAAAAGAAAAUUCCAAAAGUCCUCUUGACAGCUCUCUGCCUGCCUCUCCAGAUAAUUCCACGUACAGUAAUCCGAGGAGCCCUUUAAUGUACAGCUACCAUAACCCAAAGAGUCCUGGAAGUUUGUCCUGCUCUCCUCGGAGUAACCAGUCAGGGUCAGGAUCCAGCCACGGGUCACCCACGUGGUCUCCAGCCCAAGGCAGAAGUGAAUCGCCAACAUUCUCACCGCCUUGUUUCUCUCUACCUCAGAGUAGCCCCAUAAAUAUUCUCCCAUGGCCUUUUGACUUGUCAACUCCAGUGGCCCCAUAUAUAUCACCACCGUGUUCCCCCAUUAUGCAGUCUCCGCCUCGCUCUACAUCUCCAAUUAAGUAUCCUUCAGACUGGGAGUAUGAUGAUGAGGAGGAAAUGGAACAAUCUGAUGGGGAUGGAAGGUUUUCUCCUGUAGUACAUGAUACCAAAGGGAAUGAUUGUGAAGAGAAUAAAGAAGAUAUAAGUGAGCUUGAAGAAGACAGUGUUAUUAGUAAUGAUGAAACCUCCCAGGAGGGAGAGACCAGCGGCACAGCUGGUAAUACUAAAAACCCAUUGACUGAUGACAUGAAUGUUAGUGAGAACCAAACAUUCACAGAGGAUAUAGAUGAAAAAUUAAUGAUAAGUUCACCUUCAGGAAAGAGGUUAAGAAAUUCAUCUAGUACUAUUUGCUCAACUGUAGAUAUACCUCAGGGAAAGAAAAUUAAAUGUGAUCUAGCAAUUGAAACUCAGGAAGAAAGUGAGUGCAACUUAGCCAUGAGUGAAGAACAAAUGACUGAAGGUCAGUCAUCAUCUCUCGAGCCAUCCGAGAAAGAAGCAGAUAAGGAACCAGUGGCUGAAGGGGAAGCAGGAAAGUCGCCUUUUGUGCGUCUCAAUCAAAUUAAGUUCCGUGUGAGGAAAAAGGGUCUCAAACGGCAGACCGGCCUUCCUGCUGGAGACACCAAGUCUGAUGUGUAUAGUCCAGUUAAGGAAUUGGAGAAAAGUCCAGAAGUGAAGCAGGGUGACUGUCAGCCACUCCGGGGUGUUCGGCGGACCAGCAGCAUUUGCUCCAAUGCUGUUUAUACUGAUUUAUCCACAGAGGAUGCACAAAAUCUGGAGCUAUUAGAACUGGUUGUGCGAGCCAUAGGACAGGUUGCUCACGUGAAGGAGGCCAUAAACCCAGUGUGUCGAGAGUUUGUGCCACGCAUCAUGACCUACCUCUCAACAGCUCAAGUGAUCCAUAAGUCAGCAACCCGAAUGCUGGUUACAGUUGCCAGAAACUCCCUGUGUAUCCAGCCUCUCCUAGACAGUCUCUUUAUCCCUUACGUGGCGGUAGAACUCGGGGAGGCUGGCGACCCGGAGUCUCCCAAUGGCUGCCCACAGUGCCGUAUCCUCUCAGAGGGAGCCGUGGCUUUUUUAGAUCAGAUGGUCAACUUCUUCAACCACAUCCAUCAGUAUGGACAGUGUGAGGUCUCCAACAGACUGCAGAGAACCCGGGAACACAGUGUGAGGGAGGGGUGUGUUAUGGCACUCCCUCACAUAACCAGGUGUCCUAAACUUCUGUAUGACUUCAUGGUGGGUUACCCAGCAUUAGACAUGCUUAUGAAGGUCCUGCACUCAGAGAUGCCUCCCAAUGAAGCAAGCUACAUGUAUGCCACUGCAGCUAUAUCAAGACUAGCAACCACACUUCAGUUGGAGAACCAGUUUAAACCGGUCAUGUGUGCCGUGUGUUUACGCCAGGGAAAACACACUCCAGAGGAAGUGGCUGAGCAUAUCAAGAUGCAACAGAAAAGUGAUAAAAAGCUAAAUUUCAACCAGGACAAUGCACAAACCCUCGUGGGUAAUUCUUCAGAAUCUGAAGGAAAAAAACCAACAGAAUGCAAAUGGGGACUUGAUGAGAUUAAGGACGUGACAUUUAAACUGGAAGAUGGUAGCACAGUGUCGGCUAAUCGUGAGUUCUUGGCAGAAAAAAAUGAGGUACUGAGAGGAAUGCUUAAGGGCACAUUUGUCGAGGGAGUAAGUUCAUUUGUUGAGUGGCCAUGUUCGAGUAAGACGCCUGUAGAGAUGCUUAUACACUUCUUGUAUGGAUGUCGAUGUGACUUCAUGGAAAGUAGAGACAUUAAGACAUAUAUAGAGCUGAUGUUCCUGUCUCAGAUGUACUUGGUUGAAAAUUUGUAUUCCUACGCCGUGUUCAAAAUGAUGUCAUCCAUAAGUGACGGUGACGACAUUAUCAAGAUUUACGAGAGUGGUGUUGGACGUAUGAAAAACCUAUUACAGGCUCUCUGUAAAGCUCUUGUGAAACCAAUGAAGACAUGGAAGAGAGCUCGCUGGAUGAAGGAACUCUUCCAGUCUGAACACUCUGAAGACAUUGACCAUAAUAUUCGUAUGAUUAUCCAUCAUCCCUUGAACAUGAAUCGUUAUGUUUGUAACUGUGAUCUAUCUUUAUCCUUAUACAUGGCUUGUGAGAGUGUAUAUGGAAAACUUUGUUGACUGUGUGCCGAGAAUUCAAAAGUAGUGCUCUUUUGUGUAAAUUACUACAGUUUAUGUAUCUAACUGUACAUAGUCACAUUCUGUUCUUCGUCACUUUUCAACAAGUUUAAAACAUUCACAGAUUUUUCUUUUCAUUCGAAUGUCAUUAUAUCAUAUACUUCUUUAGUAUGUGUUCACAGACAUUGUUUUUGUUGUGUUUCGUAUAUAAACAUUACGUACUUCUUAUUAAUUUAUCAAGUUACUGUAAUCCUUAGGUAGUCAUUUUGCUUGAUGAAACCACCAAAAACUGAAGUCUGCAAUUAUUUAUUCAAUCUAUCACUCAACAAAGAUUUAAAAAAAACCAAAAGUUAAGAAGAUUAACAAAUCAAUUAGAUGAAAUUAUCACAAGAAUCUCAAGGAAAAUAAGUACUUACUGAAUUCAGAAAAUACUAUACAACCUUUUCAAUUUUACAUUUCUGAUUCCACUACAUACUUCCAUCUCCUGCACCUACACCCAAAUUAAUUUCCAACAGUAGAUCAUAAACACAUUAAAUAUUGGGACAGUCACCCAAGAUUCAGACUCAUGAACCUGAAGCAGUAGACGCUGAUGCAUUAUUCUUUCCAUAAAUGCUUUGGGUUCAUGAAUCUGAAUAAUUACCCACUUCAGUUUUGGGUACUUUAAUCAAGCCAAAUGACUACUACUAGAAGAUAAUGUACAUCGUUUUUUAUUAAUUUCUUGCAAGAUAAUAAUUACAGUAUUGCAAUUAAGGACUGUAUUGAGUUGAAUAAAUAAAUUUUUUUCUUCAUUUAUGACUUCAGAACUGUUUAACUUCACUACACUACACACUUCGUUUCAGAUUUUUGUGUUGGUUGCAUAUAGUGUAUGAAUUCAUAGCAAGAACAGCAUUUUCCUUAUUUGGUGAUGUGUUAUGUCACCCACAACAUAUAUUUGGAGACCUUGUACUGUAUAUUAACAAUUAAGCACAGUGUCGCUGUUUUAAUACAAGCAUUUAUUUGAUCUCCAUGAAAAUCUGAAAGGCAGUGUAUACAUUUUUUGACGCAACCCUGUUUAUUGAGGAUUUAUAAGGUUGUUUUGUUUUAGAAUCAGAUCGUCAAUAUCACUGUGUUUUAAACUGGUAAAUGAAUGUGGGGUUUUAGUGUAGGACCCUGCCUGCCUUAUACUGUACUGCAGGCUGUAGUUGUUCCUGUAGUGAUGAUGAUGAAAUGGGCAUUGAUGUACUGUACUAACACACCCAGGCAAUGGAUCCCCACUACCUCACAUAUCAAUAUUCAUUAUAUCUUUUUACUACAUAA